AUGUCAUAAAAGCCAAAGUAUAUUAUAUUUCACGUAGAAUUACCACAAGAUAAGAGCAUUCUUGCCAAUUAGCUUGACCAAAUUGAGGUGUUUAAGAAUUACAUUUCUGUAGGAGCGUCUUAGCUUUUGUUGCAUAAAAAAUCAGCAUUCACUUAUCUUAGCUCAUUAUUUUCUUUUGAAGGUGAAUCAUAUGAAUAGUCAUCAGAAAAUAAGCAUUAAAAAUUUGAUGAAAAUAAAAAAAAAGUGAUUAAUGAAUCUGAGUUUGAUGAAGAAUAGAACGAAAUCAGAUUCAUUAAGAAUCCAAAUUACUAUCAUGAGUUUUCAAAUAACUUAUAGACUCUUUUAGUAACAAAUAGUCAAAAAACUGUAACAUUUGCUAAUAGCGUUAAGAUUGAUUAUUCCUAAAUUGAGUAUAAUGAUGGCGAAAUUUCAAAAAUAUUAAGAGAAGACACAAGUGAUAUUGAAUUGAUUAUUAUUGAUUAUUCUCUCAAAUCAAAUUGUCUUAAGUAGUUGACUUCUGUUGCCUAAGAAGUAUCCACCUUUGAAUAGCAAUCUAAUUAGGUUUUCAUCAAUUUGAUAGUUUCUCCUUUCUUAUCUGAAGAGGAAACUGCUGAUUAUUUGAAUCCUUAAUUCAGAUUGAAUAAUUUAAAAAAUGAAAAAUCUGCUUCAAUUAUUUCUAAAAUUUUACCAGUUUAAACCUGGGAAACCUAUCAAGGUAAAAUAAAUCAAGAAUUUGUAAACGCUGCUAAAGUUUCUUCUCUUAGUGUUUUUUAUGAUAAAAACGGUUGCAGAUAAGACAAACUUGAUAAUUUUUCUUCUGUAAAGUAGAAUCUUGAUAAGCUAGGCUUUGCUCACAUAAAUGCAGAAUUCCUUUUUAGGGAGAUAACUUUUAAAUUAGGAAAGCUACCAAAAUAUGGAGCAUGA